CUGUCAAACGCUGCCGCACUACUCAGCGCGCUACCGCAUCUGCAGCAGACACGCGUCCGUAGCUUUCCCGUCACAGCCACAGAAAGUUGUCCGCGAGUAUAGUUUGGUAGAAGACAAGUGGAAAGCCGCCAAAAUUCGCGCACUUUAGUCAGCGAGAGACCCACUGAAGUCUGCGAGAAUGCGGUUGGAAGCACGGCGUUGUCCCAGUCUAGUACAGCGGGGUCCGGAGGCAAGGAAGGCAAACGCACCAUCGUCGUCGCGGGCUGCGUCGUCAUCGUGCUCCUCGCGCUCGUCGACGCAGUGCUGCUCUACCUCUGGUUCACGGCGCCUCCACGUGCUGGAGCCCGCACGGCUGCAAAGCUGCUCGGGGAUGGAGACGACGACGACCUCUACAGUGACGACGCGGGACCCUCGCCUCUGGAGGACUUUGCAGAUCCACCAAAGUUGAUGGACAGCCGCACGGGUGUCUGGCGGUUCUGUUCCACAGAUGGCUGCUCUUGGCUGGAGGCCUACAUGGGCGAGGACUCUGCCGAGGUGCCCGCUCCCUGCGACGAUUUCUACUCGCACGCCUGCGACCGGCACGCCCACUCCGUCUACGCGGACGGCCGCGCCAGGCUGAUGGAAGCCAUGACGAACGCUCUGCUGCGCCCAUCAGAGCUUCCGGCCGCGCCGGCGCAUGGCGCUGCGGUCGGUUCCAGAGGAGAUCUCCACAGCCGACACGGAGCGGAAGUGCGCGAAGGUGACGUGGAGGUGCUUCAGAAGUGCCUCGGUCGAGGCCUGCCCAUCCUCAGCGCCAGGGACCUCGACAGUGACUGCGAGCAGACGUCGGCGCCAGGGUGUCCACCUCGAACGCCGCUAGCGCUGGCCGAGGCGUCUGAGAACUUCUUCAGCAGGAAACGCAAUGCCACCAUACGCGACUACGCUGCCUUCAUUGAAAGGCUGUCUACCCACACAAGUGUGGACAAAACCAAGGGCGCAACCAAGUUCGGUAAUCGAGGCUGCGCUCAACCUCAGCGACCCGUGCUCUCCGCGCCGUGGUUCAAACGCGCAUGCCACUGGGUCUCGCGUGCGGCGCGAUGCCACCUGAGGGGCAACCUGGGACUUUCUGACGCUGAUCUUCGCGCCUACCAGCGCGCCUGGAAAGCCCUCUACUUCGCGCCUUUCAUGGGGCUGCAGGCAGAGCUUCUGCUGGGUUUUCUGUACAAGGACCCUCCCGCCCCACGCGUUCAGGCUUGCCUCUCGAUCAUGGCGGACGUCUUCGAAGACGACGCGUUCGCCGUCGCCAAGCAAGUGCUCGCCGGGACGGUCGACGACCUCGAAGGCUCACUGUCCCAGCUCGCCCGCGACGCACGCGUAGUCGGGUUUUAUAAUCGCCAUCGCCAUGUCAGUGGACUGGUGCUGCAUCCUGCUGCAUUGGUGACAGUUGCGGCUGAGUCCGGUUGCUCCUGGAAGGAGUACGAGAACCCAGGCGCCUUCAGGUGUGCCAUGCGUGUUGUUCUCAUCCUGUUGCUGGCCUUGGCGGCGAGGGCUCACGAAAGUGAAGCUCACGCCCGUCACUGGCGCAAUUACCUGAAUGGCCUGCUCGUGCAGCUCGCCCAGGAACCGCCGCAGCCGGACCAGAGGCACGAGCUCUGGAAGGAAAUGUUCUCCCACCGCGUUCGGUCUUUCCUCGUUGGCGACCAGUACGAAGGCCUGGGCGCACUUUCAGCGGCAACGGGCCGAGAUUACGGCUACGGAGACGACGAGAACCCUGGCGGCGGCGGCGGCGAAGGAGGCGUCGUCGGCUUUGCCGGCCGCGGCAUGCCCGACGACGACCGGCUGAUCAACGAGGCGUGGAGGCAGCACGUCGGCGACGUCCUGCUCGCCGGACCGGCGCUCGUGCAGCGUCAUCGGCACUCGACCAGGACGUCGCCGUCCCGCCCCGCCGUGGAGGUGUUCUCGCCCUACAACCGCCGCACUACGAGGCGCACGACCAAGCUGCUUAACCCGGGCUCGAGCUACUCGCCGCACAUGCACCGCUUCCUGGACAUCAUCAAUGCGCACGGUGCCCGCCAUCUGCGAGAACCCGCUCCGCAGGCUCCGCCGCUUUGCCGCUGCUCGAACCGGGAGAACGAAACCGGAAACGGAAGUUCGCUUCUCGCCAAGGCGAUGACGUCGUCGCCGACGACACGGCAGCCGCCGCUGCUAUUGGUCGUCCCCGGACUGAUGGUGGCGCCGCGCGACGGCCCUUUCGCAAUCGUCCGCGAAGUCGACGCCGCCAAUGCCAGCGACCUGCAGCGGCCGCCGAAUGCGGCACGCGGUGGUGCCGCUUCGCCUUCGUCGCCUUGGCCGCCGAUGCCCACGGGCAAGCUGCACAGGCGCCGUUUAAGAUCCGUCUUGCUUCUGGUGGCAUUCGUCCUUCUGCUGUCCUCCCUGGCGGCCUAUUACGUCCGCUCUUUCCUGGCCAGGUACAGCCGAGAAUACGAGAUCAUACGAAACGCCCAGUUCUUGUGACCCCAGAGAUGCAGCGUCGAGUCGGUGGUGGAAGUGACUGUAGGGACAGAAAUGUUUUGGUGACUGUUGCAGAGUUUUCCUCCUCAUUUUUGAUCGCGCGAUCCUUUGCCCGCCGACUGCUUUACGUUCGAUUACCGAUAUCGCUCUGUGUACUCGAUUUGAUGUGUUAUUCUGCGCGCACAUUCUAUCACAGCCUUUGCUCAUUGUCAGAGUGAAUUGAAGUGGUUUAUUUCUGAAAAGUACGCAAAAUAAUAAAGCUUGCUUCGCACACGCCGCAUAGGUCAAUGAGCGGAUGCAGCGUCACUUGAAUUUCUACAUUUAAUUUCCUGAAUGGUUUUACUAUUCCUCAAAGUCACAGGUAUGCCGACAUCAUGCGAGGGUAACGCAGUCGCACCCGUUACCAUUUGAAGCAGCGACGCUCAGUUGAAAAUCACAACAGAGGAGCAACGCACAGCUUACCGCACGGCCAUUUUUGAUAGUGGGUUGAGUUGUCAUCUAGCCAGAAGGAAGUAGAUUCUGUCGUAGCAAUGACAACGCAAACUUCUGUCUUAGAUGUCACAUCGUCUUGUUCCGAUCUCUGCUACCGUGGUCAUAGCAAACUUGAUCGUUCCGACCAAGUUUGUUAUUGUCUUACAGCCUUUGUCUAAGCUUUGUAAGCCUUUGACAAAGGCUUACAAGCCUUUGUCGCAUUUUGGUCAUUUUAAACGCAGUGAUACAAUUAGGGGGCCGGAACGUAAUGUUUUUCGUUCUGGUUUUAGUUUCGUUCCACUGAAAAAAGUUCCGUUUCGAUUCUGCUCCAAAGCCAAAAAAAGAAGAUCCAUAACGGUUCAAAACGGUUUUGGUUGCGAAAAUGUUUGAAGGCAAGUUACGAUAACAAUAUAGUAUUUAUUUUUCCUAAUUUAAUUAUGAAUUGUAAGAUCAUGCUCAGCCUGGAUUCAAGGCACUGAGCAUGAUCUCAGAAGCGGCGCAUCAUUGACUGUUCUCACCGAAAUGCAAGCCCGAUGUUCCAAUAAAACGAACAUAGACGAACGAUAAAACUCUAGAAACAAAGCGUUCUACCCGCGGAAAAUAAAAGGAUAAGUUCGGCACGCAAGGCCUGGGAUUUGCUACGAUGCCGAUUUGCUAGUGCACCGAGUGGCAGGCUUAGAUUAGUGCACGGAGCGCUCGAACGGCUAUCGUUCGCUCUAUCUCUGCCUGAGAUACGCGCUGAUGCGGACCCCUGAGGUGCGUGCUAAUUCUGCCGUUGCCUCACGUCAGUUGUUUCGGAUGGCCGACUCUACCCUUGAAACGAAACUAAAACCGAUCGAAAAUGUAGGGGUUUCACUGAGGAAAAAAAAAAUCAGAAAUAAUGUUUGGGUUACGCUUUUAUUCCGAUGAGAUAUAGUGAGUUUCUUUUUUCAUUUUUGUUCCUUUUCGUCCCGUUCCGGCACCAUGGUUACAACUCACGAAACGACGUUGCCGCGACAUCCAGUCUUUUCGCUUAUAAUUAUGGGAAUCAGCUUUGACAAUACUGGGCUAUAUUUGACGCUAUAGUACAAUGGCAAAGCUUACUGCCGCUAUUACUCCCUUUUGUUGUAUUAAGAGCUGAUGAUUGAAAGGGAAAUCCCCGAAGAAUUCGGCUGACAAUCGUUAUUCGUUCUCGGCGCCUUCAUCCUGCAAUUGCGAGUGUAUGUAUUAUACCUGCGACAGCUUCAAUGGUGUAUUGUCGGUCCAUAUGUGUAAUAUGGCUUAUCUAUAUUAGAGGCGCGGAUAAGUGUGUGAGUGGGAACAUUCGCUUCAUCAACUCAGAGGUCAGCCAGUAGCAAACGUAUGCAUAGUAUCACUACAUGUGCUAUGGACUUAAAGGGACUGCAGCUGUUUUCAACUAAGAAUGAAGCAAGGGUAGCAGUAAGCUACCCUCGAAACAAGCAGCAUUAUAGAGUCCCUUAACGGCCUUUCUCUCUCAAGUCCAGUCAAUAAUCUUUCUUGUCUCACCCUCGCAUUAAGUGAAAGCGAGCCUCACAUAUUUCGUGCGCGGCUAACUUAGGCAGUGACAGGACGUACAAAACAAACUAGAGUAGAAACCACCCUUGACGAUUUUACCUGCAUGUCUAUACAGAGCAUUUCUGAAAAGUAUAACAACGCAAAUAAGCGGGCAAAGGUUUUAUUCCCAAGGGAUAUUUUCUCUUAAGUUCUGUGUUAUGUUUCUCAGUGCUUCUCCAACCGCAUGGUUGCUACCCAUAGAUACUAGCGGCCUAUACUUGCUGAAGUACGAGAAGC